AUGGGAUACACUCGUGUUGUAUACGAAUUGUUCAGAGACAGCCGCUACGAGGAAGCUGUUGGUUUUUUGGGAGAUCAGUUACAAACGAAUCCCGGUUCACGACCUGCGCUCUCGCUGCUCGCCUACGCGCACUACAGACUCCAGGAUUACGUCAACGCGGCAAACUGUUAUGAGCAGCUGGCCAUGUUGAGUAUCGAUGAGAAAACCGCCAAUCAGUACCGGUUGCACUAUGCGAACUCGCUCUAUCAGGCGAGUCUCUUCGAUGAAGCUUACAAGGUCACCUUGCAAAUGGCGGACUUGACAGACUUCAAGCUAUCUCUGCAUAAACUCCGGGCCGCCAUCGAGUAUUCGAGAGACGACUUAUCUUCUGCAUCCAAGGAACUCCAAGCAGCAGAGGAUCAAGGGGACCCCGAUGUUCAGGUGAACCACGCCUGCAUCCUCUUCAAAGAGAACAAAUUCGAGGACGCGAAGAAGAAACUACAGAGCGCCAUGCAGGCUCAAGGAUACAGCGCGCAGCUGUAUUAUGCGGCGGCUCUAUGUUGUUACAAACUCAAGCAAUAUCCACAGGCAUUGAAACACAUUGCCGACAUCAUCGAACGAGGAAUCCGAGAGCAUCCAGAGCUCUCAGUUGGCAUGGCCACAGAGGGAAUCGAGGUUCACGUUCGAAACUCGGCCGUCCUCCGCGACACAGCCCUCAUCGAAGCGUUCAACCUGAAAGCCGCUAUCGAGUUUGAGCUGAAGAACUUGUCGGCGGCGAAAGAAGCGCUCACCGACAUGCCACCCCGAGCUCAACAAGACAUCGAUGCCGUCAGUCUGCACAAUCAAGCAUUGAUCCAAGUCGAGUCAGCUCCUUCUUCGAGUUUCGAUAAAUUACACUUCCUGGUCGAACAAGGCACAGGUCCUCAGGAAGCUUUCGCGAAUCUCGUCCUAUUGUACUGUCGCUUCGAGCAUUAUGACCUAGCAGCGGAUCUCCUCGCGGAGCAUGCUGACAUCGUCCAUCUCAUGCUGUCCUCUCACGUUCAGUCGUUCCUCGAAGCCGUCAUCGCGUGCCAAACCUCCCCCGAUGAGGCUUACCAGAAACUGGACGAGAUGGCCCAUCGUCACACCGAAGUUUUCAGAAGGUUGAAGAAAAGCAGCGCAGACGCGGAGUAUGAAGAGGAAUUGAAGAAAUAUAUGCCGGUACUGAUGGCGCAAGCUAAGAUCCAUUGGGAAUUGGAGAAUUACGUCCAAGUUGAAAAGCUGUGCAAGAAAUCUCUCGAAUUCUGCGGAGAGCAGGAAUCGUGGAAAACCAAUGUGGCGCACGUCCUCUUCAUGCAAGGCGAUCGAUUCAAGGAAGCGUCCUCCUUCUACGAAUCGUUGCUAAAGAACGCACCGAACAUACUCGAUGUGCCCGCUGUCGUUCUCGCAAACCUUUGCGUCUGCUACAUAAUGACGAGUCGCAACGAAGAGGCCGAGGAACUCAUGCGUCGGAUCGAGCAAGCGGAGGAGCAACUCGCUUACACAAAGCCCGAAGACAAAGUUUACCACCUCUGCAUAGUGAAUUUGGUGAUCGGAACCCUUUAUUGCGCGAAGGGAAAUUACGAUUUUGGUGUGUCGCGGAUCAUCAAGAGCAUAGAGCCGGUGUCGAAGAAGCUCUCGCCAGACACGUGGUUCUACGUAAAAAGAUGUUUCCUGAGUCUAAUCGAAAACUUGACCAAAAAGGUUAUCGUGGUCAGGGACGCUGUUGUGCACGAUUGUCGCGUGUUUCUAUCUCAAUGCGAAAUUUUCGGCGGCGAUAUUCGAGCGUCGGUCGACGACGGAAGGAACACAUCGGGACUAAUACCGGCAGCGACCGUGACUUCAGAGGCCAGACUCCUUCUGGCACUAUUCGCAUUAAUUAAUGAAUGA